AUACUGAAUAUCCUAGUUUUCCUAUUAAGAAGUAUCUUUGUAAUGAUUAAAUAAUCGACUGGCAAUUUCUUUCUUUCUCUCGGUCCUGGAACUAUGCAUUAUGUCGUACACGUGAGAUGUCGUAGCUAAUAACAAUCGAUUGAUAAACUAUAAAACAAGCUCAAGUCAUAGUUUAGUCCCGUGUAUUUGAGCACCGUCUCGAGGACACGCCCACAGCCAAACAGAUCGUAUCAUCAGCCGUGAUCAGACGCGUGCUUUAUACCUUACCCUUUAAAGUCAGUUCUCAUUUCAGAAACAAAAUUCGAUCUCUAAUAUGUGAAUUAGAAGUUAAACUAUUCUGCAACAGACCGGCCCUGAAACCGAAAGUGAAAGUCGCUGGAGAGUUUGCUAUGCUGGUGUGAAAAGACCUGCUCUAAACGCUCUCCAAAACACUUCAGAGACUGAUUUACUGAAGAGAUGGAGAACAGAAACACUGUGUAUCCAGCAGCUAGCUCUGCGUCUGAGAAAAGUGACCAGUCCAUGGAGUUUCCUCCUCGAUUCAGUGAAGGAGCGGUGACCUCUGACACCAGUGAAAAUAUGGAUGAUCUGAUCCAGGAUCAGUCCAGAUGUGGAUCUUGUGAGCAGGUACUAAGUGAUUCAGUCUCUAUCACAUGUGGACACAGUUUCUGCAGUCAGUGCAUCAGUUUCUACUGGGAUCAGUCAAGACUGCCAGAGGACUUUGACUGUCCUCUAUGCAUAAAGAGAUCUAGAACACAUCCUGUUCUACCGAUGCCAGUCUUUAACAAACUAGCAAGCCUGCAGGUGGAGUCUAGAGACCUGAAAAGAGUCAAAGAAAAGCAUAAAACCAGCAUGAAGGACAGGUAUGAGAGUUUAUUUGAGGGAAUCAAACACAAAGAGAAUGAAACACUCCUCAACAGGAUCUACACACAGCUUUACAUCAUAGAAGGAGAGAGUGAUGGAGUGAAUGAAGAACAUGAGGUUUUACAGAUGGAGAAAACUGCCAGAACUCAACCCGCAGAACACACUUCCAUCUACUGCAAUGACAUCUUUAAAGCCUCACCUGAACCAAAAUGUGAGGAGAAAGACAAACUCAGGGUUGUUCUUACUAAAGGCAUUGCUGGAAUUGGAAAAACCAUCUCUGUGCAGAAGUUCAUUCUGGACUGGGCUGAGGGAAAAGCCAAUCAGGAAGUAGAUUUCAUGUUUUUGCUUCCUUUUCGAGAGUUGAACUUGAUUCAAGAUCAUAAGUAUAGUCUUCAGAAACUUCUGAUGGACUUUCACCCUGAACUUCAAGAUCUGGACUCAAAGAUUUAUGAGGAAUGCAAAAUUGUGUUCAUCUUUGAUGGUCUGGAUGAAAGCAGGAUUCCACUGAUGUUUACAGACACUCAUAAAGUUUGUGACGUUACAGAGACUUCAUCAGUGGGUGUGUUGAUGUCAAACCUCAUGAAAGGAGAGCUGCUUCCCUCUGCUCUCAUCUGGAUCACCUCUAGACCAGCAGCAGCCAAUCAGAUCCCCUCUGAGUACAUCAACCGUCUGACAGAAAUUCAGGGAUUCAAUGAGUCUCAGAAGGAAGAAUAUUUCAGGAAGAGAAUCAGUGACCAACAUCAAGCCAACAAGAUCAUCUCGCACAUCAGAAGAGCAAGAAGCCUCCACAUCAUGUGCCACAUCCCCGUCUUCUGCUGGAUCUCAUCCACUGUGCUUCAGAAACUCCUGGAAAAAGAUCUGAGUGCAGAAAUUCCUCAAACUUUGACUGAAAUGUACAUCCACUUCCUCUUGAUUCAGAUUAACAUGAGGAACCAGAAGUAUGAAGAGAGAGAUCCAGAGAAACUCAUGGAAUCCAACAAAGAAGUGAUUGUGAAACUUGCUCGAGUGGCUUUCAGACAGUUGAUAAAGGGCAAUGUGAUGUUCUAUGAGGAGGACUUGAGGGAGAGUGGCAUAGACGUCACUGAUGCCUCAGUGAAUUCUGGGAUUUGCACUGAGAUCUUCAAGGAGGAAUCUGUGAUUCAUCAGAGGAAAGUCUACAGUUUUAUUCAUCUGAGCAUUCAGGAGUUUCUUGCUGCUUUUGACGUGUUGAACUGCUACUUAAGCUGUACAAUGGAGACCCUUAAGGUUUUUGAUUCAAUGCAUUAUCUGCAUAAAGGAGCAAUAGAUAAAGCCAUUGGUAGUGAGAAUGGACAGCUGGAUCUGUUCCUUCGGUUCCUUCUGGGCAUCUCACUGGAGUCCAAUCAGAAACUCUUGCAGUACUUACUGACACACACAGAGAACAGCUCAGAGAGCAUCAGGAGAACUUCACAGUACAUUAAAGAGAAGAUCAAAGAUGGAAGUGAACUCUCCACUGAAAGGUCCAUCAAUCUGUUCCUCUGCCUGCUGGAAGUAAAAGAUCGGACUCUGUCCGGAGAAAUUCAGGAGUUUGUGAAAUCAGAAAAGAAGCUUUCUCCUGCUCAAUGCUCAACAAUUGCCUACAUGCUUCAGUUGUCAGAGAAGGCGCUGGUUGAGUUUGAUCUGAAGAGAUACAACACAUCAGAUGAGGGUAGAAGAAGACUGAUACCAGCUGCAAGCAACUGCACUAAAGCUCUAUUUGCUGACUGUAAAUUCACUGCUCAGUAUUGUGAGAGUUUAUCAUCAGCUCUUCAGUUCUCAAACACUGGCCUGAGAGAGUUGGACCUGACUAAUAAUGAUCUGCAGGAUUCAGGAGUGAAGCUGCUAUUUGAUGGAUUGAAGAGUCCAAACUGUCAGCUACAUAUACUGAGAUUGCACCGCUGUAAUCUCACUGGUCAGUCCUGCGAAAAUGUGUCAUCAGAUCUACAGUCCUCUAACUGUGCCCUGAGAGAGCUGGACCUGAGUAACAAUGACCUGCAGGAUUCAGGAGUGAAGCUGCUCUCUGAUGGACUGAAGAGUCCAAACUGUCAGCUGCAGAUACUGAGGUUGUCUGGCUGUAUGGUGACAGAGGAAGGCUGUGGUUUUGUGUGUUCAGCUCUGAGUUCAAACCCUUCACACCUAAGAGAGCUGGAUCUGAGCUAUAAUCACCCAGGACCAUCAGGAGUCCAGCGACUUAGUGACAAACUGAACGAUCCAACCUGCUCACUGGAGAAACUCAAUGUGGAACAUGCAGCAGAUUUCAGGAUUACAGCAGGACUACGGAAGUAUGCCUGUGACCUCACACUGGACCCAAACACGGCACACACUCAAGUCUUACUGUCUGAAGACAAGAAGAUGGCAAAGCAUGUGAAAGACCAUCAGUCAUAUCCUGAUCACCCAGAGAGAUUUGAAUGUCUUCAGGUUCUGUGUGGAGAGGGUCUGAGCGGACGCUGUUACUGGGAAGCUGAAUGGAGCGGGACAGGGACAGAGAUAUCAGUGUCAUACAAAGAUAUCAGCAGGAAAGGAGGAAGUGACUGUAUGUUUGGAUUCAAUCAGAAGUCUUGGAAUAUAAGUGGCUUUUAUAAACGUUUUAUUGCCUGUCACAAUAAUACCAGCACUGAUAUACCUGCCCCUUUGUUUUCGUCUAACCGAGUAGGUGUGUAUCUGGACUCGUCUGCUGGUACUCUGUCCUUCUACGGUGUCUCCGACACACACACACUCACACACAUACACACAUUCAACACUACGUUCACUGAACCCGUCUAUGCUGGGUUUGGGGUUUAUUAUGACUCAUCGGUGUCUUUAUGUCACAUACAGCAAGGAUGUCAAACAUGAAACAUUUUUUUCCAACAUAUUUACAACAUUCCUACAAACUAUUAGAAGAAGGCAUGCGUUUACUGCAGGACCCUUGGGGGGUUUCUUAGUGUUUCAGUGAAACUGUAGAGUUUAAUAAUUACAUGGACAUGUACUUACCACUUUAAACAGAGCUGUUGCGCCUCUGGUACCCUCUGCAGUGUACGCAUGGAAUCUGUCUUUAAAGGGUAGCCUAUUGUUUUAAUUUUAGGACAACUUUGAUAAAAGUUUUUCAUCCAGUUCAAA